AUGCCUCCCGAGUCUUCCCAUCUCUUGCCCCAGAGAUUAUGGAAGGAUCAACUCAAGGCCGGGUCCCGCGGUCUUCUCCCCUGGCUGUGGGAUAUUGAUCCAGCUUGCGUCGACGCAAAAGACUUUGAGCCCUGUCCUGGUGGUGAGUCUUUCGAAUGGGACUGGGAGCUGUUGGCGCGGCAGCUCAGCCGGAGCGUUGACUUCGGUGUUCUCCCAGGUGUACCCGACACUGUCAGAGCCACACCCGGCGUUGCUGGCCCUCAAGGCGAGCCAACAAUGGCUGGAACCGGCUAUCAUACCGAUCUAGCCCAUGUACCCGCUGGCCUACACAACCGACGCCGCAUAUGGCAGCUUCUCGAGGAGAUAUUCGUCGGUGAUACAUUGCCAUGGCCAGCCAGACAACGCUGGCGUCAUGCUUGCGUAUCACGCAUGGGGGCGCAACGGCAGGGCGUUCCCUUGUGCUGGGAUAAGGCGGGAAACAUAUUGGCCCGUCCAAUCUGGAUUCCUUCUAUCGACUUCGGAUACUCAGAAGAUCCAACAAUCGAGGGCCAUCCCAUGUUCUUCAAGAGGCUUGGGGGUGGGGUAUACGGGAGACGCGGCAAGGCGAGACCUCAGUACUGGCAGCGGCGUGAAGUGCAGAAGAAGCAUGGUGUCGAGACUGGUGAGACUGAACAGCAAGGCGAUACUGAGACUCCGGCAGCGACUGUUGAAGAAAUCUAUGCCGUUCUUCGAAAGCUAGGAUACCCAGUCUGA